AUGCCCGGGCGAACGAUGAACCGCCUUGCGCCGGGGUCUUCCCGGAAGCGCGCUCGUCGCGACCAUGCUGAGGAUAGCGGAGACGAGGUUGUUGAAGUCCAACAGGCUCACUCAAAUCUCCGAAUUGAACCGAGAAAACGAGUACGCCUCUCCGACGUCGAGCACAUUAAGAGCGAAGAGCACUCAGUACGAUAUUCGACGCCGUCUGACGAUGAUGCGAACGAGGAUGCGAACGAGGAUGAGGCUCCCGCAUUGCCCAGCUCACCCCCCAAGACACAAUAUGAGCUAAUGCGCGACAACAACUUCGAGCAUCUUCGUCACGAGGUCGCCGAUGACCAGCGCGCAACCCAAAGACUCCGAGUCCGCCCAGGUCUGUUGGGCGAGAAUGGUAUUGCAGACAACGGAAUCAUCGAGAGCGUGACUUGCGUCAACUUUAUGUGCCAUGUGCGCCUCCAUUGCGAACUUGGCCCCCUCCUCAACUUCAUUGUAGGAGAAAACGGCAGUGGCAAGAGCGCCAUCCUUACCGCGAUCACCUUGUGUUUGGGCGGCAAGGCCAGCUCAACGAAUCGCGGAGGCAGUCUGAAGAGCUUCGUCAAGGAGGGUUGCGAGCGUGCGGUCCUCGCAGUCAAGAUCAAGAACCGGGGUCAAGAUGCCUUCAAGCCUGACAUCUACGGUGAAUCGGUCAUUGUGGAGCGCCACUUUUCCAAGACAGGAAGCAGCGGUUUCAAAAUCAAAACUGCUCUUGGCCAGACACACUCGGUCAAGAAGCAUGAGGUCGACGAGCUUGUCGAGUACUUCUCCCUUCAGGUUGAUAACCCAUUAAACAUCCUCUCACAGGACAACGCCCGCCAGUUCCUCAACUCGUCAACCAAAAUCCAGAAGUAUAAGUUCUUCAUCGAAGGCGUCCAGCUUCAGCAGUUAGAUAACGACUACCGGCUGAUCUCGGAGAGCUUGGAGCAGAUGGUGGCCAAGGUUCCCGACCAGGAGGAGCGUGUGAAGCACGCCAAGGUUGAGUUGGACAAGGCCCAACGCAUGAUGAACGAACUCGAAGGCAAUCGCCAGGUCAGGAACAAACUCCGCAUGUUACGUUGGCAGUUGGCUUGGUCACAGGUGGUCCACGAAGAGGAAGAACUCGCCAAAAGAGAAAGAACCAAUGCCCUGGAGAUUGCCAAUGACAAAGUCGAGCGCGCUGAGGCGUCCCUGCGACUCGUCAAGGAGGAGGAGGCCGACUGGGACGCCGAGAUCCAAGAAAAUAAGGAUCGCGAACCGGAACUCAUCAAUAAGGCAGAUGAGUCAAAGGUGGCCCUGGAUAAGUUCGGCGACGAGAUCCUCCGAAAGCGCAACGAGAUCAACGGUGUUGAGGCCAGAAUCAAAGGCCUCGAAGAGAAUCGUGGUUCGGCGUACAGCGCGUACGAAGCCCAGCUGCUCAAGCCCGAGUGGUCGGCCAUCCUCGAAAAGACGAUCGGCAUCAACCUCAAUGCCUUCAUCGUCACUAGUAAACACGACGAAAAGAUUCUUCGCGGGAUGAUGAAUCAGCUCAACGUCCGGAGUUGCCCCGUUUUCAUCUGCAACCCGCGUCCGCUCGACAUCAGUGGAAAGGAGCCGGAUGCCGAGUAUGAUACCAUUCUUCGAGUGCUCAAGAUCGAUAACCAGAUGGUCCGGGAUCAGCUCAUCAUCAACCACAUGAUUGAACAAGUGAUUUUGAUCCCCGAGCGUGUAAGGGCUCAACAAGUCAUGUUCGACGGCGCGCCGCCGCGGAAUGUCAAAGCUUGCCUAGCUUUCCACGACCGGAAGCGCGGCGAAGGUCUGAGGUUGGCAAUGACCAACGGCAACAUUUCAACCACACCGAUUCAGCCGAAUCCGAAUUUGAGACCCCGGAUGAAGACAGAUUCGGAUUCCCAGAUUUCGCUGUUGAAGAAUACGCUUCAGCAGAUCGUCGCCGAGUACCAGGAGCUGAAUGCUGAGAAACGCCGCCUGCAGCAAGAAUUUCAGCGCUGUCAAAACGCAGUGGUCCAGUUAAAGAAGAGUCGAGAUGCUCUCGAACGCGAAUCAAAAAACGCUCGCCUCAAGGCGGAUAAUAUCCAGACAGAGUUAGACCAUUUUGAUGGGCUUGACGGGUACCUACAAGGCCUCAGGGACCACCGAGAGGAGCUUCAGGGAGAGUUGAAUCACCACGGCAUCCAAUACGGCACGCUUAGCGCGAAAAAGCAAGAUAAAAACGCCGAAGUAGAGGCGGCCCUGAAGAAGCUCAAGGAGGAAAAACUACACAUGAAGGAUUUUGAGAAUCGUCUCAGCAAGGCCGAAGGGAAGCUCAAGCAGGCCCGGGACUUGCGCCACCUCUGCCUCAUCGAGAAGAACGACAUCAUCGAGAGGCUGGGCGAGUAUGUCGAGCAAAAGCAAAAGGCCGAGUCGAAGCGAGCCAGGCAGGAAGAGGGCGUCAAGGAAAUGGUGAAGCAUGCCGAGGUCGUCAACAAAGAGCGUGUCUACGUCCCCGAGGGCGAAACGUACAAGAGUAUUGAGAAACAGUACGAGACGCUCAAAGCCCGCUUGGACGAGCGAGAUGUCAAGCGCGGCAUGACGGACGCUCAGGUCCACGCCUAUUUCGCCGCAAAGAAGGGGAUUUGCGACCAGGUGGUGGCGGAUCUCCAGUCCAUCACCAGUGUGAACGACCGCCUCCGGUAUGCCCUCACGCUACGCCUCGAAAAGUGGCGCAAGUUUCAGCGUUACAUCUCGUCCCAGUCUCGCGCCAACUUCAUCUACCUCUUGAGCGAGCGCGGCUUCCGUGGCAAGCUGUUGGUCGACCACGAGCGCAAGUUUCUGGACCUGCAGGUUGAACCGGACAAGACGGAGAAGAGGGCCGCCGGGCGGAGCACCAAGACACUCUCUGGCGGUGAGAAAUCGUUCUCGUCUAUCUGCCUGCUGCUAGCCAUCUGGGAGGCCAUGGGCUCGCCUCUGCGGUGUCUUGACGAGUUCGACGUGUUCAUGGAUAAUGUGAACCGUGCUAUCAGUACAAAUAUGCUGAUCACCGCCGCGCGGCGUUCAGUUAAUCGCCAAUACAUCUUUAUCACGCCUAAUGCUAUUGAGGGCCGCACCACCCUAGAUAAGGAUGUCAAAAUUAUCCGUCUUACCGAUCCCCGCCAGCGGACAUUGGCCGACCACUGA